ACUGACAUCUAACAUCGAUGUUUUUCCUAACCUUAAAAAUUAAAUAAAAUAAUUUCGAAUUUAAAAAUGAUGUACCCCGUUCCUGCCGGUUAUUCAAGCGACGAGGACGAUUACGAUUAUUACAGCUGUAAUAGCUUCUCAACACCAGCGUCCGUUAAACGUAACCUCAAAAUCGAAGAAACCGAUGAAAUAAAGGUUUAUAGAGCGUGUAUUGGGGGUCGAUUUGAUGAAGUUAAGGAGAUUUUAGAUCGAGGUUAUGAUGUUAAUUCGAAAUUAAAAGAGGAUUGGAGCUUGCUGCUUUUAGCAGCGUCAAUUGGAUCCCCGGAUAUUGUUCAAUUAGUUCUUGAAAGGGGAGGUGAUCCUAAUUAUAGUAGAGAUGGUUAUACGGCUUUAAUGGCAACAUCUUCUUGUACAAAAGAAACAUGUUCAUAUGAGCAAUCUUACAAAACAUUAAAAAUACUUUUAAAUGCUGGUUGUGAUCCUACAAUGAUUAAUAGGAAACGAAUGACAGCCCUGAUGUAUGCCUCAUCUUAUGGAAAUUGUUUAAUUGUUGAAGAAUUAUUGAAAUGUGAUAAUAAGGAAGUGGAAGAUAAUCAGGGGUGGACUGCUCUUUUUUGGGCAAUUGAUUCAAACCAAGUGGAUGUUGUUAAAAUGUUACUUAAUGAUGGUUUUAUUUGUGAUAAAAUGGAUAUAAGAGGUGAAACACCUACUCAAAUAGCUUUAAAACAUGGAUAUGAAGAAAUUGUUAAACUUUUACCUUCCAUAGAUGUACCUUAUGAAAAUCUCACGUGUUAUACACAAGAAAGUUUUAAUGAUUUCUUUAAUAAAGGCUGUACAUUAUUUUUAAGUGAUGUUUGCGUUAUUUUGUACGGAAUGAAUUCUGAAAACGCAAUUGAUAAAUUUAUUACAUCUAGAAUAAGCUUAUUAGAAUUUUUACAUAUAAAUGAGGAUGGUUUAAAAAAAAUUGGGGUUAAUAUGCCUUAUGAACGGUACAGGAUUUUAAAUGGUUUGUACAAGUUUCAUAAACAACCGUUUCGAUUAAAAUCAAUCCCUAUUAUUAAAAAGAAUGAAAAAAUUAGCUUGGCAAAUGUGGGAACCUCAAUUUUAUCGGCUUGCCGACAAAUCGUAGUAAUGAACGCAUCAUUAAAAUAUUUAAUAGAAAACGUAAACGAAUCUGAGUUGGAAAGGUUUAAAAAAGAAAUUUUAUCUUUGAAUCAGCAAGUGGAGAAAAUUGAAAAGGUUGUGGAAGUGUUAAAUAAAAAGUGUUUAUUAUGGGAUAAAAAUAAUUACUCACCUGAUUUAAUUUCAUCUUCUUCUAUAAGCAAAAUCAAAUCAAUGUUUUGGAAAAAAAUUAUUUAUAGUUUUGGGUUCCUCUCAGUUAUGGGUUUUUUUGUUUUCAAAUCAAGGUUAUUUGUUAAUUAAUAAAAUUAAAGAUAUAAAACAGAAAGAACUUCAUGUUUUGUUACAACCUUGCUACUUUUAUAGUAUUUUUAUUUUAAUAAUAAUAAAUGGGUUAACAAUUUAAA